AUGUCCGAACGCGACCUCCAAGACAUCCUCCGCAAGCUGAAGUCCUCUCGAGACUACGCAGACUGUUCCUCCCUCCUCUCCAAAGCCAAAAUCACCCUCCUCAAGCUCAAAGCCCUCACCCCCCAACCAAACACCCCAUCCUCGACCCUCCAACUCGCCCGCGAAGUCUUCGAAACCGGCGCUCUCCUCUCAAUCCGAGCGAAGGAUCCUGCUGCCUUUACCCGCUAUGUACACCAACUCACACCAUUCUACGAGCUGCCGCCCGAGCGCUUGAGUCCUGCGCAUUCUGAGAAGAAUAAGAUUACGGGCCUGUAUCUGCUGUUGCUGUUGACGCAGAGUGAUUAUGCGGGCUUUCAUACGGAGUUGGAGGGAUUGGAGUUGAGACAGGGGAGAGAGGGGAUGUUGGAGAAGGAUAAAUAUCUAGGGUACCCGAUUAAGUUGGAGAGGUGGUUGAUGGAGGGAAGCUAUGAUCUGGUCUGGAAGGCUAUGGCGAGCAGAGAGGUACCGAGUGAGGAGUAUGGUGUUUUCAGCGAGAUCUUGAUCAACCAAAUCCGCCACGAGAUCGCAACGUGCAGUCAAACUGCCUAUCCAUCUCUACCCAUCUCAUCAACAAAGAAUCUGCUUUUCCUAGAUAGCGAGGGUGCUGUUAUUGAGUUUGCACACACGAGAGGGUGGUUAAUUAAGGAUGGCCGGAUAUAUUUCCCCCAACAAAGUAUGAAGGCAACUGUGGACGAGGAAGGUAACACGAAGGAGCUCAGCCAGAUGGCUAUCGAGAACACGCUGGGCUACGCACGAGAACUUGAGACAAUUGUAUGA